UGAGCAGCUGUGCCCGACCGGCUGCCCGGAGGAGGCGGCGGCGGCGGCGACCCGGCAUGGACCCGGCGGCGGCGAAGGAGGCGGAGGCGUCGGGGGCGCCGUCGGGGGCGCCGGAGGAGCCGCCGGUGCAGCUGAACGUGGGCGGCUGGGCCUUCGCGGUGCCGCGGAGCAAGCUGGCGCAGUUCCCGGAGUCGCUGCUGGGCCAGGCGGCGGCGGCGGCGGCGGCUGGGCAGCGGCUGUUCCUGGACCGCGACGGCUACGCCUUCCCCCACGUCCACUACUUCCUGCACACGGCGCGGCUGUCGGGCGGCAGCGGGUUGGAGCUGCCGCUGCUGUACGAGCAGGCCGGGCUGCUCCGCCUGGCGCCGCUGCUGCAGAGCCUGGACAACCUGAAGGAGGGCAAGCACAACCUGCGCGUCCGCCCCGCCGACAUCCCCAUCGCCGAGCGCGCCUCGCUCAACUACUGGCGGACGCGCAAGUGCAUCAGCAAGCCCUGCGCAGCCACCGCCGCCGCCGCCGAGUGCGCGCUCAAGAGCCCCGCCUGCUCCGGCUCGCAGGAGAAGGCGCCGCUGGGGCUGAUGGACACGCCGCUGCUGGACACGGAGGACGAGGUGCCCUAUUGCUUCCUGCCGCUGCGGCUGGUGGAGCGCUUCCCGGCGCUGGUCACCGACGACAACCUGCUCUGGCUGGCCGACGCCGCGGCGCUCAUCGAGUGCGAGAGCGGCGAGUUCCGCUUCAUCGCUAAUUUUCUUCGCUCAGAGAAGAUUCUUUUGCCUGAUAACUUCUCCAGCUUGGAUGCUUUGGAAGCGGAAGCGGAAGCCUUGGGCAUUCCCAAGGUCAUAGAAGCUGUGAAGAUCUUCAGGAAUAACCCAGGCUCGUGUUCCAGCGAAGCUUCUAAGUCUCAAGGCUGUGAGAGGAGCCCGACGGCCCAGCAGCAGAGAGUUCAGGACCCAUCUGUCCUCCUCCCUUUGUACCCAAUGGUGCUGGGACUCCUAGUCAAGUACCCGGACUCUGCUCUGGGGCAGCUGCACAUGGAGAGCACCCUGGAUGGGAAUAAGCUCUACAUCUCAGGGAACGGAGUUCUUUUUCAGCAUGUCAUGAAUUGGUUAGGAACUUGCAGACUUCCACUUACACGAAAUAUGUCUGAACUUCCACACCUUUGCACGUAUUUGGAUCAAAUGGAUCUUAUCUAUGAGCCAAUGAAGGACGCUUUAAAAAGAUUUCUAAACCCAAAGACGCCCACAGAUUCCCUGAUAAAAAAUGCAGAGUGGGCGGCAGAAAUAACAGCUUUUUCCCUCCAUCAUAUUGUCAAAGUCUAUGUAGGAAGCCACUGGUAUGCCACCUAUUUGCAAACGUUAUUAAAGUUUCCAGAGUUGUUGUCAAAUUGCAAAAAGGUAUAUUGGAUUGCUUAUGGCCAGAGUCUCCUCAUUCAUGGAGAUGGAAAAAUGUUUCGACAUGUUCUCAACUUCUUAAGACUUGGCAAGUUGUAUUUACCGUCUGAAUUUAAGGAAUGGUCACUUUUGUGCCAGGAAGUGAUAGAGUAUCAGAUCCCUUCUCUGUUAGAGGCUCUCGAUCAGUAUGACACGUACAGAUUAUGGGUACAACAGCAGGAAGUUCAACAUGUAGUUUGUCCAGUUAGAAACCUUCAGUCUCCAAUAUCAGAGAAGGAUACCAGAUCGAACGAAGUCCUUCGAGAACAUCUACAUUUUGCUGUGGAUUUAGAUCAGUGUGCCAAUAAUUGGAAUAUAGCUAGAGAACCACAAUCUGUGGAAGGGAGUGAUAGAGAGAACACCAAGUACACCAGCGUUUCCUCCAGUAAGGGAGCAAAGCGAAAACAUCCCUGGGAAAUGUCCAAGUCCUCUGAUGACUGGGGAAACUCCAGUCUUUUCCGACAGGAAGGAAGCCCCCCCAAGAAAAGAGGAGCAAAAGGCAACUUAACCAAACCCCUGGAGAAUAGUGACCCCCCCAUUCAGAAGCUCAUUUCCCUGGUGCAAGGCUGGGAUAUGGCUCACUGCAGAUGCUGUGGGGCUCCCCAGGGACCAGGAUCUGGUGAAGAUUCUAAAUGGCGAGCAUUGUCUGUGAGGACCCCCUCUGCCAGCUGCUCCAGAAUCUCCGCCUCUGAGUUAUCCAGUAAUGAGGUAGACAUACCAGGGGCAUCAAGAGCACCAGGAAAUCUCUCCAAGGCUGGACUGUGCAAGCAGGGACCCCUGCCUCCCCAGGGCUGGCUGGCAAAGGCAGAUGAGCCAAGCUGUUUGGAGGAGGUGCCCUCCUCGGGAAAAAGUACCAGCUCUCAGGAACAGAGUGGCCAGAAAGAGAAGGGGCCCAGUGUUCAAGAACUACAUCAGCUCUUUUCCGACAGGAAGGAAGCCCCCAAGAAAAGAGGAGCAAAAGGCAACUUAACCAAACCCCUGGAGAAUAGUGACCCCCCCAUUCAGAAGCUCAUUUCCCUGGUGCAAGGCUGGGAUAUGGCUCACUGCAGAUGCUGUGGGGCUCCCCAGGGACCAGGAUCUGGUGAAGAUUCUAAAUGGCGAGCAUUGUCUGUGAGGACCCCCUCUGCCAGCUGCUCCAGAAUCUCCGCCUCUGAGUUAUCCAGUAAUGAGGUAGACAUACCAGGGGCACCAAGAGCACCAGGAAAUCUCUCCAAGGCUGGACUGUGCAAGCAGGGACCCCUGCCUCCCCAGGGCUGGCUGGCAAAGGCAGAUGAGCCAAGCUGUUUGGAGGAGGUGCCCUCCUCGGGAAAAAGUACCAGCUCUCAGGAACAGAGUGGCCAGAAAGAGAAGGGAACAGCUCUUGAAGAAGCUGCUCCUUGCCAAGCCCUUGAUAUGAGGGGCUUGAUUCUUAAGGUUGAGCACCCACCCAUUGUGCCAGGUGACGGUUCCUGCGUUUUUCACGAAGGCAGCAUUCUCUACAGCACAGGCACAGAAGACCUUACUCUGGUCUGUGCCCUGGCACCCCCAGUGGACAAAGAUGUCGUUUUUCUGAGCUUUCCAUUAACACAAGAAGAAAUUUUUUAUGCCCAGAAGUGCCAUGGUUUCCUCACGGAUGUCAUCUUGGAUUCUAUAAGACAGAAGGAUCCUAAAGAAACCACUGCCAAAGUAGAGCUUCUGGUCCGGCGGUUGUGGCGCCUGCAGAUCACGGCGAAGGAGUUUGUGGCCGAGCUCCUGAGUUCAGCACCCUUUAAAGCCGAUGGCCAUUCUUAUGAGAAGUUGCUGAAGUGGGUUGAAUUCACCCUGCCUUUUGCCUGGAAAUACAGCUGCUGUGUUAACUCACUUAUUAAAAAAGGAUACUUUAAAUCACUCUCACAUUUUGUUAUUGGAAAAUAUUUACAGAACCCUUAAUAAAACUGAAGUCUUUGGCUGCAAUUUGUUAGAAGUUUCUUUUUCAUUUUGAAAUUAACCUGAUAAAAUCAAAAUGAACGCAUACAUCAACCAAUCAAUCAUCAUCAACCAAUCCA